GAGGAUAAGGACUAUAGUUUAAAUAGAGCUUUCAAUAUUACUUUUACCUAUGGGCUGGUUUUCCUUUGUCGUCCAAGUCUUACGUGGCUUAGCGUAAACACCUGGGCUCCAUACGAUUACGCCACCUCAUCAUCGUCUAUCUCCUCUCCCAUUUUAAACCAAUCCCCUCUCCCAUUUUCUCUUCAACUUUCGAAGUUGAAACUCCUCGCUUUCGUUUUUCUCUCCCACAUGGAAGGUAUAAUUCCCUUUGUCUACAAAGCGAUUGUUCAAUACAAGAACGAAAAACAAGUACCGGCGAUUCGAUCAUGGCUCUGCGACUCCCCGUCCACGUCCUACAUCAGACUUCCCAGCGGUGAUUCCGGCCGAUUUCAAGACGGCUCAUAUUCCGCCGCCUCACCUUCUUCCACUACCACCCAGAUUCUGAUUUCCACCGGAGUUCAGUCGCCGCUCCGCCAUCUGACGCCUCGUCGGGUUGCCGCCUGAUUCAACCACCGGCGGUGAGUUUGAUGAGGAGAAAAGGAAAAAAAAAAAAAAAAAGUGUUUAAUUUGUAAUAUGUCGGUUAUAUUUUGUCUGGUCUAGAAAAACAAAAAGGAUCUCAAGUGUUUGGAAAGCCGAAAGGCACCGGCGCUUGGAUCUGAAAGUGAUGGAGAUGGGUAUCUCCUUAAAGUUGUGAAUAUUGAUUAAUGUAAUUGCUUUCUUUGCUGUGGAUGCCUCUGUUUUACUUCUUUUCUUGUUUGAUAUUUUUGAAUGGCCAUUUGGAGUAGUUGGCUGUCAAAUCCAAAGGAACCCAUAAAAAAAGAAAGCAGAAAGAAAAAGUCUUGUAGUUUAAUGAGACGGUGCUUAGGUUUACAUAUCAGUGGCCCCAGGUGAUGACAGGAAAAGGCUGAAUGCCGGCGAGGCUUUUAAUAUCCUCUGGUUUUCGUUCAAUUAUUUAUCUCCAUUUUUUUAAAAAAAUAAGAAUAAAAGAAUUGGGCCGGAUUAUAGUGGACCAAGAGCCCAUUGCGUGGUUAUUUGGGCUGGCCCAUCAACACGAGGAAGAAGGCAAAAAAUAAUAUUAAUAUACGGAAGUAAAACCCUUCCGUUCUUCGUCUUCCAAAGGGCCAAAACCCUACUGUUUCUGCAAACAAAUUCGUCUUCCUUGCGAUACCAAUUAGAAAAAUGGCUUUGAAUUCGAUUCUACGUAGGGCUUCCACGUCGGUGUUGCCCCUCGCCCUACGCUCGGUUGCGACUCCUAGAAGCUUCCACCAUGCUAUCUCUGUGGCUAUCACUACUGGGAACCGCAGUUUUAGGAAAGAGCUUAACACGGAUUUUUUUCUCCCAUUUUUUCGUUCUUAUUCUGCCGCGCCUGCCAAAAACAACGCCGAAGUUACUCUGAUUCGAGUUCUUGAGUCUGAGAUUAAAUGCGCCGAGGAAGAUGAUCAGAACAGCGUAGACGAAAUUCCAGAAGAGUUUCCUUUUGAAAUCCAAGACAAUCCUGGAGAAAGAACCAUAUCACUCUAUAGAAAGUAUAAGGAUGAAACUAUCAAAGUUGAAGUUGAUAUUCCUAAUGUUUCAGCUGAAGAUGAAGAAGAGGAUAACGCUGGUGAAAACGAUGAGCAGACUCGCGAAGAAUCCAGCAUUCCCCUGGUCGUGAGUAUUUCCAAGGAUAGUGGAGAGUGUCUUGAAUUUGGCGUUACUGCCUUCCCCGAUGAAAUAUCUAUAGACCAUUUGUCAAUCAAGAAACCAGAUGGUUCUGAAGAUCAGCUUGCAUAUGAAGGACCCGAGUUCCAUGAUUUGGACGAGAACUUGCAGAAAGCUUUCCACAAAUAUCUUGAGGUUCGUGGGAUUAAACCCAGCACGACAAAUUUCUUGCACGAGUACAUGAUCAACAAAGACAGCCGAGAGUACUUGAUGUGGCUGAAGAACUUGAAAUUUUUUAUCGAGAAAUAAAUAACCAGCACUGAUUUUUUUCUAGAGAAGGGUUAUGACUUUUAUUACAGCAUUAUUUAGGGUUUGAAUUAUGAUGUUACGUAGGGAGGGUUUGCCUACUAUCCUGCGAACAAUAUAAAUAGUAAAUCAUCAUUUUAAUUUAAAAGGAUUGGGAGGAAACUCCUGUGUUAUUCC